CCAGUAUGAUCGAUAAUAAUGCAUCAUCUCGUUUUUCAGUUAACUUAUCAAAUUCAGUGAAUAUCUACAUGUAAAUUGGUUUUUUGUUCUGUAGUCUUUAGUAAAAAACAAUGGCUUUUCAUGUAAAAUUUAAAGUUCCUAAGGUGUUGAAAUCAGUAAAGUAUUCUUUGGCGGCUGUCAAUGGGGUUUUUAUGCUAACCGGGUUCCUGCUCCUCUUCGUGGGUAUAGCAGUGCUGGUCAUAUUCUCGGAGUAUAAUGAGCUCAUCACGAAGCGCUUCUCCAACGUGGCUGGGUUCGUGGUGGCGACUGCCGUCAUCAUACUGCUGGGGUCCGGCCUGGGUUUCUAUAGCGCGAUCUCACAACAGUUCUAUUUUGUUGCCGGGUCGAUAUUACAGUAUGUGGUGCUGCUUCUGGUGACGCUGAUCUUCGAGAUAUCGAUGAUGAUAACUGCCUUCAAGCUGAGCAACGACGCUGCCACGGAGAUCAGGACUCCGAUGCUGCAGAGCCUACAACUAUAUAAUAAUAGACUGGAUAUUACGAAGAUGUGGGAUGAUUUACAGAUGGGAUUCGAGUGUUGCGGUGUUGCUGGCCGUUUCGACUGGGUGUCCAGCCAGAUCCCCAUCACUUGCUGCCACAUCGACUACGGCACGAUCUCGCCGUUCGAGUGCAACACUAACAACGCGUAUACUGUCGGAUGCGCCAGCGCACUAGGCGAGUGGCUGGCCUACAACGCUUCUGUAAUCGCCAUUACUGCGUUAGUCACGUCUUGCUUGCAGGUCAGUAAUGUGCUACUGUCAAUCAUGGGAGGCUACCUAGCUUAUAGAUCAAAGUUCGAAGUGGUUGAGUUGGAGUCAUAAGUAUUGUAAUUAAUAUAAGUUUUGUUAAAUUUAUUUAAAUUAUACCUAAAUAAUAAAUAUUUAACUAGUAUAA